UGAGUGGGUCCCUACACUUUUUUUUCUUAAUACCCACACUCAACCCAAACAUAUCCUAACUUUCCAAAGAGAAGAAUACUCAUUACUUGCUGAACUUGCUCUCUUCUCUUUCUAGUGUUUUCAUGGCGUCUUCGUCGUCGGGAUCGUCUCGCGAGGGCCACUACAGGGGAGUAAGAAAGAGGCCGUGGGGCAGGUACGCGGCGGAGAUAAGAGACCCAUGGAAGAAGACGAGGGUUUGGCUCGGCACCUUCGACACGCCGGAGGAGGCCGCACUCGCCUACGAUGGCGCCGCCAGGUCCCUCCGCGGCGCCAAGGCCAAGACCAACUUCCCUGCUCCGGUCACCGCCGGCCUCUCGCUCGACCUCAACCUGCCUUCUUCCGCCGCUCACUGGACUUCCCCCGCCAGCCGCCUCGUUCUCGGCGAGUUUCUCCACACCGGCGUCUUGAAGAACGUCUCUUGCUGCGCCGGCGCCGCCGAGCCGAUUCCGGUCAAGCGCGAAGCUCCGGCAUUAUCUGCCUCUCUCGGCGUUGGCGGCGCGGCUAAUGGAUAUUCGGCUCCCGACGUUCCCGGUGCGACGUCGUUUGGGACUGGUGCGUCGCGGCUGCUGGGACGGGUGCGUCUGGGCUGCCCCAUUGAUCUCAACGAGCCUCCGCCGUUAUGGCUGUGAAUGAGAGAGAUCGAGAAAAAUGGUGGUUUCAUCGUGAGGGCAGUUUACGGCGUCGUUUCUUCUCUGCUAAUUAUCUCACGCUCUUUUUUUAUUUUUCAUUUUUCAUUUUUCUCGAUCCACCUUUUUUUUUCUUCUAGUACUUCCCUCGUACUUAGGUAGUUUUUGUGAUGUUCCGAGGAAUUUGAAGAAGCCGAUAUUUAUGGUGUAUAUCUUCCUAAUUUUUAAAAGUGGAGAGGCUUGUGUAAAUAUAAUGGUUUUUUUUUUAAAUUUU